UCUGCAGAGGAAUAUAUACAGCGCGCGCCGCGUAUUAAACGCAGCGUUUACGAUUCUCGUCGUAUCCGCGCGAUUCUUUUUUUCCAUCAUGGAUCCUCAUUUGGCAAAGAAUAACGUAACAGAUUCUCUGGAAUACCCAGUGUGCUCCGAAUGGAAUGAAAAUCCUGAAGGAUCAACGUUUCACCUCGCUCAUAUUCUGCUGGUUUUGGGAUUCAUGGGAGGCAGUGGCUUUUAUGGAUUACUCUACAUGUUCUGCUUUUUAACGCUCGGCUUUUUCUGUUAUUCGAUCUGGUCGUGGUCCGACCCCUGCACGACCGACUCGUUUUCAUGGACUUUUGCGCUUUUCGUCUUUUGCUUGGCACAAGUUGUUCAUGUGUCCUACCGACUGCGAAGAGUCACUUUUGAGAAGGAGUUCCAGGAUCUCUACGAUUAUAUGUUCAAAAAGCUGGGAGUAUCCUUAACACAUUUUGGGAAAAUCGUCGAGUGUUGUGAUGGCGAUAUCCAUACUAUAGACAAAGACCACUGCUUCGCCAUGGAGGGUAAAACCUCCAUCGACAAACUGUCAGUUCUCCUCUCAGGCAGGAUACGGGUGACGGUGAACGGGGAGUUUUUGCACUACAUCCAUCCAUUUCAGUUCCUGGACUCCCCAGAGUGGGAUUCCCUCAGACCUUCAGAAGAAGGUUAUUUUCAGGUUACGCUGCGCGCAGAUAACCGCUGCAGGUACGUGGCGUGGAGACGGAAGAAACUCUACCUGCUGUUCGCGCAGCACCGCUACAUCGCCAAGAUCUUCGCGCUGCUGGUGCGCAAUGACAUCGCGGAAAAACUCUUCUCUUUGAACGACAAGGCUUUCGACAUCCGCGGGUUCCGCUAUGAUCUCCGGUUACCCAGCUUCUGUCACGGGCCAGAGCCAGAAAUAGAAAACACAAGUGAAUCCCGGCCAGUGCUGGAAGAGAGCGAAACCAAACCGGCGGAAAGAGACUCAUGAGAGACGCACGCUCCACAUUUCUAUAGUCUUAAUCGGUGGUAAUUAAUUUUUGGUUAUGCAUUUUUUUUUUUUAUCUUGAGUGCACUUGGGAUGUUUUCCCCAAACAAUGUUGUCCUUGUUUUAAUUGUAGUGAUCAGAUAUUGAGUUUAGUCAAUUCGAACACGCGAAUCAACUAUUCUGAAGAUGAAGUUGUUGCACUUACUUAAUAAACUGUCUGUGUAUAUAAA